AUGGACCGGUGCAGGAUCUGGUGGCCGCGCCAGCAACAUCAGUCUGAAUUGGAGUCCGUCUCUACCAGAUAUCUCCUGUUCGGAUGGCUCUUCCCCCAUGCGGGAUCAGUCGAUAUUGUUGUCGCAGCGUUCGUCUCCCAGGGAGAGAUCUUGCAGUCUUUCCCCAACCUCGACACCUUCCAGACUGCUGUCUUUUCCUCAAAUAAAAGGAUGCCAACAGUGCUACAAGAAUCUGCAGCAUUUACCAUCCUUGGGGAUUGUGUUGUACAUCUUCCAAGAGAUUUUGAAGGCUGCUGUGUUAAGCAAAAAUAUCAGCCGUUGCGGUCUCAAGUUGUUCAGACACAGCAUUCUGACACAAAACAAGACUGUUCUAUUGCAUUUAAUGGACCAUUGGGAAUUGAAGAUCAAGACCAAAGUGAGAGUAAUGGAAAAUGGGAAUGUGAUUGUAGUGUAUUAGACGGUUUUCUGGAUACUUACAAGAAGUCAGUAGUGAAAGGUGGUGACUGGGUGCACUUCUGCUGUAAGCCUGACAAGAGCUUGAAAUGCAAUCUGAAUCAAAUUCCAGUGCUUCAUCAUUUGUAUCUUGAUGACCAGAAGGCUGAAAUUAAUCAUUGCCACGUCAUACUUUAUGAUAUUCCUGUUGCUGGUAGAAACCAUUUCUCCCUGGGUGAGGAUGCACCUUAUAGGAUGAAGUCUCCCUUCAAAAAGCCAAAUUGGAUAAAUAAUCUGCAAAAGAGAAGACCAUUUCUUGAUUUGGAUCCGAUUGUGUUGGCGCUUAAUUGUUCAAAUUCAGCUAGAUUGUCAGUUGCUUGGAAAACUACUAAUAACAGUUCUGCGGCUCAUUUCUUGUUUGCAACUGUGUUUGAUGCCUUAGUUCAAGUGGUACAACAUUUCACAGGAAUAAUUUUAGCUUCAGUAUCGACUAUUAUCUACAUCUUCAUUCAACUGUUCCGAAAAUGUUUGAGCCAUGUCUCUGAGCACUUUAUAUUACAAAAGGUUUUCAGACACUCAUGGAAAAACAUGCAUCUCCGUUGUUCCCAAAUUCUUUAUUGGCCGAUUUUCCUCCAAGAUACGUCCCUAAGCUCCUCUGUUAAUGUCGAAUAUGCACACAGAGCUGCAAUCCAGAAGCAUGCUUUAUGGUCAAAUAUUAUCAUGGAUCUUCUGAUGGGUUUCAUCCUUGGAGCAGCACUAUUGUUGAACAUGGAGACUAUUUGCUCUUGGAUUUUUGCUCUUCUUCACUACAUGACAGAUGCUGUCUUGAGAUCUGGUUGUGUGUGGCUGAUGGGUGUUCCAGCAGGCUUUAAACUGAAUACUGAGUUAGCAGAGCUUCUAGGCAUGAUUUCUCUGAAUGCAAUCCAAAUAUAUUCUACCCUUUGGUUCAUGGUGGGAGGCUUCCUUAGGCAUAUAAUUCAAGGCCUUGCAUUUUCUGGAAUUCUUUUAGGCUUCACGGUUCCUGUUUCAAUCUUCAUUGACAUUAUCCAGCUUGCGACGUUGCAUGUUACCAUGCUUCAGUGGUUAAUCUCCUUAAUAUAUUCAAGGCAGAUUCAGACAGUGACAUCAUUGUGGCGUCUUUUCAGAGGGCGCAAGUGGAAUCCUCUUAGGCAGAGAUUAGAUAGCUAUGACUACACGGUUGAACAACAUGUGGUUGGUUCACUGUUGUUUACACCAGUCUUGCUUCUUCUACCCACAGCUUCUAUAUUCUACAUAUUUUUCUCUAUCUUGAGCAGCACAAUCAUCUGUUUGUGUAUAGUGUUGGAAACUGCAAUUUGUAUAAUCCACUCUACUCCUUAUGCUGCGGUAAUUCUAUGGGUGACAAGGAGGCAAAGGUUUCCUGCUGGAUUAAUGUUCCUUCCUAUGUCAUCAUCAUCUGUAUCUACUGAUGAUGAUGCUCUAUCAGUUGAAUAUCAUUCAACCAGUUUAUCUGGCGAAAGGGAAACAGAUGAACCCAUCCAUGUACAUUCAGUACCACUAGUUUCAGAACUUAACUGUAACUAUAACACCCUUGGACAAGUAAUCGGGCCACAUUACCAGAAAGUUUUCAACGGGAUCGCUCUCCCCUUCUGCAAUCAACUGGCACAUGGAAUCCUCAGGGGCACAAGAUACCUACAACACUGCAUCUGCCGUCUUCACCACUGCCCUGGAUGCAUAUUGGCAUUAGAGAAUACUGGAUGCUUUGCCGUCGCGCAACCAAGUGGGGGAGGAAUUAAAAGUUCUCCGCUUAUGAUUAACUAUUAG